UUUCGUCGACGCACGACGAAAAGUUCUCUUCUUGACUGAUUUGAGGAACGAUUCAAAGCAGUUUUCAAUACACGCCGAGACUAUACAGUUCGCUUUUUUCCGCAUCUCGCCAAGAUUUUUGUUUUCUUUCCGUGGAGGAAUUCAGCGAUAUAUUUUCAGUUUUUUUUUUAAACAAAUACCUACAAGAGAACCACUAAUUUUUUGCUUUAGUUCGUGAAUGGAAAAAAAGGAUUUUUUUAGCAUUUGUGAACAUAGUGCAGGGAUCUCUUAGUGAUGGAUUUUUGUUCAUGAAAGGAAUUAAAUCAAAAGUACAAAAAAGAGUAAACUGUAUGAACGAGUGAAGCAAGAACAAAAUUGUGGAUAAUUCCGUGUGCGCUCCUUGUGUCGUGUCUUGUGCUUUAAAGAAAAAUAAAAGAGAAAAAAGAUAAAAGCCCUAAGAGUGCAUGCCUAAGUAUCCCCAAAAGGCAUCCUUGUUUUGGACGUAAGCAACAGCCAAAAGGAAGUCCCACGAAAAAGUAAUAUUGUGAACGUAAAUCAGACACAAUAUACGGUACCUACCCAAAAAGGCCCAGGGGCGAAAUUUUGGAAUUUUCAACGUCGCAACUUUGUUAUAUAUUGCGGGGUGGACAAAAGAACAACAGCGUAUUCUUGCAGCAUCCCCGAAAACAUAGCAGUGCUCCCUAAAAUACUGUUGUAUAUAUAAUCUCUUCCUUUCCGUGAGAUAUAUACACAUCGUAAAAAUUAAAUGUUAAUCAACGGAGAAAACAAAUGAGAUUUUAUAAAUAGAGAUUUAAAUCCACCUACACAGUGUAUCCGAAAUAGCCACUAUUUUAUGGCUGUUUAAGACAUCGAAAAUUUGCACACAAGAAAAAAACAUCCGGAAGUUCAUAUAUAUGUUUAAAUAAUUGCAACAAUUGAUUGUGAGUGUGUGGUUUUAUAAACGACAAAUGUACUAUUUCAGACACAAAGUGCUCGAGGGAAGUGUUUUAUGGAUUUUGCACUGUGCAUAAAAAGACCGAGCGUAUGCUUGAGAAAAUCAUCAAAUCGUUGCAACUUAUCGCAGCUACACAACUAACUGGAUUACAUCUCUGAUUUAAACAAACAGCAAAUUCUAUCGCUAAAGGAACUUUUCCACCGCACCAAAUUCACAGAUAAAAAAAAUGAAACUACUACCGAUACCGCCACUUCCAGCACUUGGAGCACCACCACCACUAGGCAUCUGGGGACAAGCUUCCGAGAUGCUGUGGCGAUUCCCACACAUGCCAAACCCCCUUAAUCCCCUUAGUGAGCUCAAGACACAACUUCCAGCACAGCUGACCACAGACCCAAGGCUGUGGACGCGGGAAGAUGUUGGAGUGUUCCUGAGGUGGUGCGAAAGGGAAUUUGAUUUGCCAAAAUUCGAAAUGGAUCUCUUCCAAAUGAAUGGCAAAGCACUGUGCCUUCUGACCAAAACAGACCUCGCGGAGAGAAUUCCGGGAGCUGGUGAUAUACUCCACAAUGUCUUGCACAUGCUCGUGCGGGAUUCACAGCUACUGCAUAGGUAUCUGCCCAAUAGUCCGGUGACACCUACAAGCCGGUAUCCAUUGUCACCGCACAGUCAACCACCCACACCAAAUUGGACGCAACUAGCGCCACCGGAUAGCCCGUUGCUCCAUUCUGUGCACCUGCAGCACCUGAUGACCUCCAAUUCCGUGACACUGAGUCCCGCCCCGUCCGUUGACUCCCAGGGAAGUCCACCACGGCAACAGGAUGGUGCACCUGCAGAGUACACAAAUGGCAGCACAAGCAGCAACAACAGCAAUGGCGUCGUGACAAAUGGUGCCGGCAGUUCCGGGAGUUCCGGUAGUACACAAUCAGAAUCCGAUGAGGAUACCUAUACGUAUGGUGUGAAACGAGAAGGAUCCACGAGCAAUGGCACCACAACAAGCCCACCGGUAACACCACUGCGAAAGGAACCACCAAAUCUGCCGCAGCAAAUUAAUGCCGUGAUGAAUUCAUGGUCGAAUCAGCUGACGGAGAAAUCGGCGUCAGCACCCAACACACCUGGUGCCUUCCUGCCCGUCAAAACGGAAUUCUUUCCCGUGAAGAAUGAGUUCUUCCCAAAUGACUCACCGGAGCCCAACACGAAUGGACGACUCCUGUGGGACUUUCUGCAGCAACUCCUCAAUGAUCCCGCCCAGAGGUACAGCAGCUACAUCGCGUGGAAGUGUCGGGAUACGGGAGUCUUUAAGAUUGUUGACCCAGCUGGGCUGGCUAAAUUGUGGGGUAUCCAGAAGAAUCAUCUGUCCAUGAAUUACGAUAAAAUGUCCCGUGCCCUGAGGUACUACUAUCGUGUCAACAUCCUGCGGAAAGUUCAAGGAGAGAGGCACUGUUACCAAUUCUUGAGGAAUCCAUCGGAACUGAAGAACAUCAAAAAUAUCUCCCUUCUUCGGCAAACACCAGCAGCAUCCACAAAUACGUCCACAGCCACAACAAAUGGUGCCACAACUGCAAUCGGUAGUGGCUCCAGCACCUCAUCAUACUCCUCAGCAUCCUUCCCAUCGUCACCUAGCGCCUUCCAGACAAGCUUCCACCAUCUCUCCGUCUCCAAUGGUGCCAAUUACAACGUGAAGCGCGAAUACGUCGACGUGAGGAGUUUCCCACCCGUUGCCACUGUUAAAAGUGAAUCAAUGGACGUUGGUACGGAAGAUAUGCCAACAGAUCUCAGCAUAGGUGCCGAUCGAAAGUACACCGUUCCCCGCGUUGAUCCUGAAUGCUAUCCGCUCAUCAAAAACUCAAAUGGAGUAACAACGAUCCAACUUGUGCAGCGUCAGGAGCACCCUUCGACGUCCCCACUGCCAGGAUCCGCAUCAUCCGAUCGGGGAUCACCGUGUGCCGUGGAAGGGAUGCCCCAGAGCCACGAGGGGGUGUCACAAGCUGAUGAGGAUGCAACGAUGCCAACGGAUCUCAGGAAGACAUCCGAGAGUACUUCGAGCCCAUACAGUGCACAGAGCCUCAUGAAGAUGGACAAUAAGUAGGAACAAAAAUAUAUGGGUUGAAGGAUGAAGAAGAAAAAAAGGACUGGUGGAAGGAAGCUGGCUCCGUUCUUAGGGGCAUGCUAGUGAGAUUUCUUUAUUUUUUAAAAUUAAGUGAGACAAUCAUCGAGAUACAAAAAAAAAUGAUAAUUAAUGCGUGAUCCUUAAAUCGCCAUCAACAUUGAGAAAUAAAGAAAUGGAGAAAGGAGAAAAAAAUAAAUUAAUCAAUUUGGGGUGGUUAAGUGUGCGUGUGUGUGUGCGUGCGUGCGUGCGUGAGAUAGUGUGUCACCAACACUCUUAAAAGAAAAAUUACAAUAAAUACGUGCCAAUUCAUUUAUAUAGAAAACUCUUUGUUUUUAAGAGAUUUAUCAUUUAUCAAGAAAAAUGCAUCGCAUAGUGUUAAAAAAAAAAAGAAUAUGAAGAAAAUAGACAAGACGUCGGAAGGAAGGAAGAAAGAAAGGUAAGAGGAAAGGCAGGAGAAUGAUGAAACCAGAGUUAAUAUGUCAUAGAAUUUAUCUACAAUAUUAUUGCGAAAAAAUUGUAUCAACUAAGUGGAAAGUAUUGAUUGGAAAAAGUGAGAACUCAUUCAGCCCAAAAAAUUACUCAAAUUGUUGAUCAAAUUCAGCAAAAAAAAAGCAUUUUACAUUGCAAAAUUUUGUUACACUGUUUUCUAUUCAUAGUUACUAAAAAAAAAUGAAGAAAAUUACAAAAAAAACAAUAAUCUUAAGACUAAAACAAAUGCGUAGUGAGAAGAUUUAUCAUAAAGAUUAAGACUUGAAGAAAAUUUGUUCAUUGUGAGAUGCUUAAUUUCAGCAUCUCUAAUUGUAUAGAAAAAACUGUUUAAUUUUAUAGAAAGAAAGAAAGAAAAACCUUAAUUUAUAAUUUAUGUUCUAUAUUCUAUUGAAAAUCUUUCAACGAAUAAGAAAUCUUUGAAUCCUACUUUUUUUUCUUUUUAUUUGUGAAAAACAAAAAAUUGUGCAAUUUCUUAUGUUAACACCCCCAACAAAACACAGAGCAAAUUGGAACAGAACAAUUUAUUAUUUGAUGAUUUACCUUUAAAAACUGUUUUGAUUUUCAUUUAAAAAAUCAGCAACAUUUUGGCCACAAGAAAUUCUUUAGGCUUUGUAGCAAAAAAAAUAAUUAAGGGAAAAAAAUCUUUAGAAAGAGCAAGUGAUAUUUUUUUCAAAAAAAAAAACUUUGAGAAAAAGAAAUAUUUUGUAGAGAAAAAAAAUACAUCGAAAUUAUCAUGCAAAAAAAAAACUUUGAGGAAAUUGAAUAAAAAAAAUAUUUUUGUAAAACAUUUUAGCUUUAAGGAUCACUGUCGGCAAAGGAAGCAAAAAAAAUCUUGGAAUGUUAAUAUUUUUUCUGUCGCAGGAAGCUCACAUUUGAAGAAGAGAAAAAAUAUUUUCCUCCUGAAUUUGGAGCUUUUCGUGAAAAAAUUAUUUUCUAAACACAAAAAAUCAUAUAUUUUAUUUACAAAUAAGAUUAGAUUUAAUUUUUUUUAUCCCCUUACUCUAAUUUCUUUGUACAUAUUACGAAUAGAAUGAUAUAUUUCUACACAAGGAGAAUAUAAUUACAAUACAAUGAGAAAAAAAAAGAGAAAAUAAAAUAAAAAGAAAUAUAAAA